AUGCCUUAUAGAUUAUUCCCUACACGAUUAAAUGCUGCUAGACAUCAGAAAGAACCUGAAGUUAUGAAUGACUUUGAAUUAUAUUUUAAAUUUGAAAUACACGCAUUGAAACUUUUACAUCAAAACAAAUUCAUCAAUAAACAGACUAGAAAUUUUCAUUUUCUCCUGCUGCUUAAUUAUAGUGAUUCAUACGGAGUACCAUGGUAAUGGAGGCCAAACCAUCUCCUCUUAUUGUUGGACGCGAAUUUGUUCGUCAAUAUUACACCCUUCUUCACAACUCUCCUGACCAUCUUCAUCGUUUCUAUAAUCAACAUUCAAGUUUCACUCACGGAGGCUUAGAUCCAGAUCCAAGCAAAGAUGAUGUUUUGAUUAUUGGUCAAAAGAAUAUUCAUGACAAGAUUCAACAAUUGAAUUUCCGAGAUUGUCAUGCAAAAAUCUCGUAUGUGGAUGCUCAGGCAACUCUUGGUGAUGGUGUCGUUGUUCAAGUGUCUGGUGAAUUGUCAAACGAUGGACAUCCGAUGCGACGGUUCACACAAACAUUUGUUUUGGCAUGUCAAUCGCCAAAGAAAUACUACGUUCAUAAUGACAUCUUUCGCUACCAGGAUAUGUAUAAUGAUGAUGAUGAAGCCAACACACGAGGAGGUGAUGAGCAUGAUAAUAAUGAAUCUAAUGUCACUACAACAUCUAGUGAUAGCUCGGCUUCUAUUAUUGUCACGCAAAAUCCGGUAUUCUAUCCAGCUCCUACUAAUGUUGUUAACAGUCCUGCAAUAUUAUCCAACUUCGCUCCCCAAACUUUGCCUGGUCAACCUCAAAGUGGAGGACAAGUUAAUGGAAUAAUUCAUGAUGAAUUAUUGAAGGCUCAACAGGCUCCUCAAAUCAUACAAGGACCUCCUGCAUCGAUUAUUCCCCAAACUGCUCAGCAAAUUCCUAUCGCUCCAGCUCCUAAUUCAUUGCCAAUGCCUGUUGAGCCUGUUGCAGUUGUUUCUUCCGAAAUUCCCAUUUUGAAUGAAAACAAUCAAUACGAUGCAGAUCAGUCGAAUGAAUCCGAGACAGACGCGAUGGAAAAUAAUAAAGAAGAUGCUACCAGAGAAGAAGUCAUCCAAUCAUCUCUGAAUUCAUCAGCAGUUCCGUCAGCUUCACCACCAAAAAACUGGGCAAAUCUUGUCAAAGGUGGUCCUGGUUUGGGAUUCACAACAUCAGUACCACAACCUGAAGCUUCAGUUGCAACUCAGCCAACUUCUUUUGUUGCUAUCACCCAACAACAACAGCAACAACAAGCUCAGCAUAAUUAUCAGAAGCUUCAAACCGACCACUUCGGCUCUAGUAAUGAUCGUCGUCCAGUUCGUAAUAACAAUAAUAACAAUUUACGAGAACGGCGUACCAGCGGAGGAAAUUAUAAUAACAGUAACAAUCAAGAAAACAACUGUCAACUUUUCAUUGGAAAUUUACCAAAUCGUGCUACUGAAGAUGAACUUCGUCAAAUGUUUGGUGUUUUUGGAAAGAUCACUGACCUUCGUAUUUUAAAUAAGCAACAGCAGAAAAACAGUCAAAAUCGUCCGGUCCCAAGCUUUGGAUUUGUAACAUUCGAAGACUCAGCAAGCGCUUUAAAACUGCAAGAAUCGACACCCAUAUUCUAUCCGGAUUUGAAAGAUUCUACUGGCCAAAUGUUGAACGUUGAAUUAAAGAUUCGAAAAGAAGGAAGUCAAACUCCUCGCACUUCAACUAAUGGAUCUAAUAACGACCGCGGACGAAAUAGCAACCCUGGAAAUGGUAUGAAUCGCAAUGGAUCAGGAGGACGUAAUGAUCGUCGCGAAGAUCGAGGUAAUAAUCGUCCGUUCAACCGUGCAGAUAGAGGAAUCGGUUCAAGGAAUAAUGGAAACACAAAUGCAAGUGGUAACAUAUUUGCCAACACUCGUCGUUAAAAGAAGACUUCAAAAACUUAAGCUAUUGACUCAUAAUUUGGGAAAGAUUUGAGUUUUUAUGUUUACUUCUUUCAAAAAUAUUUAGGGAGGAACAUGGGUAAAUCAGCAAAAUUUUUAUGAGAAAUAUUUUCAAUCAUUCUUCUUUUUUUUUCUUCUUUUCUUUCCUGAAUAAUGACUAUAAAAGUAAAAUCUAAAUAAUAAUAACCAUUAAUAUUUCACAGUAGGGAAAAUGUCAAAAAACAACUGAAAUUUUUAUUUACGUGAUUAAUUUUAUAUUAUUAACUGAAGAAGUAGUUCCUCUUCAUACUUUUUUCAUGAAUGUUUUCUGAAAGAAAAAAUAAUAUCAGAAGUCCCGAAACCGUCAUAAUAAAAAUUUUACUUAAUUAAAUAGUAAUUGAUAUGAAGUAGUAUUCUUUUUAUUUUUCUCAUUUUGUUUUGUUAGAAAUUUUGAAAAUAACUUUGCUUUAUUCUGAAUGAUAAGAUGAAAGCAAGAGUUAGAUGAGGAUAUUUUCUGGUUCUUAUAUUAUAAUUAUUUUAACUUCAAGUAAAUUUAAAAAGUUUAUAUCAAUUCUUGUAAUGUAUAAUUUUUCUGUUUUUAAUCUGAGAGCUGAUUUUUGAUAAGUUUCAAUUUAAAUGUACCAUAAUCCUUUUUUAAUCCUAAAAUAUUUUCGCUAAACGUUUUUUGUUUCUUUUCAUGAAUUUAUUAGUAAUACCUACUUAUUUCAAAUAUUUAAUUAAAAACAGUUCAGUAAUUUUACAUUCAUAAAUCUAUCUCUUUUUUAGUUUUGCACUUUAAGUUUUUGGGUUCGAUCUCAAUUUUAUUAUUUUCUCUCAAUGAAAUCCUUGUUGGGCAUGUUCAAAAAUGUUUUAUCCUUUAUUUUUAGCAUAUUAUCUUUUUGAAACAUUAAAUUAAGUCUAUACGUUUUCUGUUCCAAAACUAAAAAAAUACAUAUAAAUAGUUUUGUCAAAUUUUUAAUGAUUACGAUCAUAAAUAACAUAAAUCUAAAAUAAGAAAAAAUUCCCUUGAUUUGUGUUUAGUUGAUUUGUUGAGAUGUUUUAUUGUUUCAUUAAAAUUUGCUACUUAUCAUAUAACAAGUACAUAAUUCAAAUCCAGAGUUUAAAUAACUAUACAUCUGCAAUCGAUUGAAUAAUCGUUAACUAUUUCAACAUUGGGGGUUUUUUUUGAAAGAUUUCCAAAUGUUUCAAAAGGAUGAAGUAAAUAUUGUUUAUCAUCAGUUUGAAAAUCAUUUUAUUCUAUCCUGGAAAGUUCUUACACUCGCUCAAAUCAGAUAAUUGAGAUGCAUAUAAAUAACUAUUAACUUUCAAUAUUAAGCAUUAGUUUUAUACAUAAAAAUAUUAAUAAAAAACGUAAAAUAAAAGAAUCACUAAACCUAAAAAAAUAAAUGAAAAUAUUAAUAAAUGAAAAAAAGAAAUAGAAUUUAUAAGUUAGAAAAAAGUUACAUAAUUCGUUUUUCCUAAUAAAAUAAAAUAAUAAAAAAAGAAAAUAUGUAAAUCGAUUCAUAAAGAUUUAUCAAAAUCUGUAUGUAGAAUGUUACAAGACUAUUGGAAAAAACCUCUGAUUUUAUCCUGAUUUCUUUUUAUGUUUAAACAUGUUUUCAUCAACUUCACAAAAUAAGAAUGAAAUUUGAAUCUAGAUAGAAUUGGAAAACUCGAAGUUAAACUAAGAAAAAAAAGUGAAAAAAUGUGAGAAAAUAAGUGCUCAGUGUUUUAAGGUCCUUCGAGUGAUUUUUUCAAGCUCUCAGAAGAAUAGAACAAUUUAAAUAGAAAAAUAUUACAUAUUUUCUUAAUAUAAUACCUAUAUGUAUGUGUUUUAUGCUUUUUAGUUCAAAAAAUGUUUGGGUUAAAAUAAUCAUUUUUAGGGUGGCAUCUUGAGCUUAACUAUCUAAUAUUGAGAUAUAUUUAAGUUACAGCAAUUGAUAAUAAUCUACUUCUCGAUCUUUAUUCAACUAGUAAUGAAUGUCAUCUUAUUUAAAAAAAAAAUAAUUAAGGAAAUUUGAAGAGAAAAUAAAAACAAAAAUUUAAAAACAU